GUACGUGUAGUCGGAGCGAGUUUGAUACGGUGUACCUGAAGCCAGCCACUUCGAUCUAGUGAAAGGUGCUGUCUGUAGACAUGGCUUACAGACAUGACAUGUCAUUUUCUCAGCAGUGUUUACAGCUGUCAGCUGAAAACAUUGCAAUGAGAAUACUUGAUGUAGCAAGUAAUUUUAUGGAGACUGGAGUUUGGAAUGGAGAUCUUAUUCAAGAAUGGAGGCAAUCAGUUCUUGCUUAUCUGAAUAAGCUGGAAAGAGAAAUGCAGCUUCAUUUACAUUCAGAACAUCAACGCAUAAGUCACAGAGUUGAUGUGCCAUUGGAACAACGAAUUGUACAGACAUCAGUUGGAUAUAAUGCAAUGUUGUCUGAAAUAUCUGACUUUCUUGAAGCUGGAGAAUUUAGUAAAAAUGUCGUUGACAAAUGGAAACAAUUUGUUAUAGCAUUUGAGAACGAACUGAUGAUGCAUCCACAACGAUAUGUAGUUUUUAAGCGUGCAGAAAAUUCUACAACUGUUAGAGCACGUACCAUGGAUGAUGAAAGCUGGAAAGAAGAGACAAACAAGAAACACAAGAAACAAGGGAAUGUUGAUGCAAGUGCAAGCACAGAAUUUGUAGGGGAAAAGGCAACUAGUAAAUAUGCAGAAGAAGUAACAGAUACACAAGAUGCUCAUCUGCUGCAUUCUUCAUUCAUGAAGAAGGAGUUUUCUUCUUUGGAUUAUCAGUCUGGAGAUAGGAGUGUGGGUUUAACUGAAUGUGACAGUGAUGGUGAUUCAGGCAAAAGCAAUGUAUCUACCACCUCUUCAUAUGCUCCAAGACAAGAAAUGGCUAAUUUGCAGACACUUCAUGGAACAAAGCAAGCAGCGAAGUCUUCUUUUGUGAGCCUCAGUGAUGAUUUACGGUUUCAUCAUUUAAAAGCAAAGCAGAGUUGUUCUGAUAAAAGCCAUGUGAUGGUGGGUAAAGGAGUCAGUCUAUGUGUAUCACAUCGUCUUCUUCUAAUGCUGAGUGUUGAAAUUGCUUCAAAAUGGAGAAUUGUUGCUUGCAGUCUUCAACCAGAGGCAAUGGCAGAACAUUUACAGGAUGAAAUUGCUUCCCAACAUGCAGGCAACCUUCAGAAACAAGCCUUUCAUAUGCUUGAAGCUUGGAGGGAUAAACACAGCUGUGAUGCUUCUGUCAAUACAAUGUGUGAAGUUCUGAUGAAAGUUGACUGCAGAGAUGCAGCAGAGAAAGUAUUUGGUCACAGAGGUGUACAGCAGGUGUACUCACACCAAAGAAGUCAAACUAACUAUGAAGAUUGUAGUCAGACGAACAAUUUAUCUGUGAAAUCAGAGGAAAUGAACUCUGUUGAGUUGGUUCAGUCUGAAGAUAGAAGUGAGAGAGACAUCCAACUUGACUGUAAUACUGUUACAGACGAGGCUACCGUUACAGACGAGGCUGCUGUCGCGACUCUGCAUUUGGAUAGGCUACACAUAUCUAAUGAAACACAGCAAGAGUUAGGACAUAUGGAAUGUCAAAUGAAUUGUGGUUAUUCUGAAGCUUAUUUGACCAAUAGAACUAUUUCGGUUGUGGAAAAUUUUGAUCAUACACAUUCUACGUCUUCUUCUCAAGACACAGAAUGUGGUUACAGAAAUAACACAAGAACUGUAUUAGAUAAACUUGAUCAGGUUGUUUCAGAUGAUCGUUUUCAAUUGUUGAGUGUCGAGAUUGCUUCGAAGUGGAGAAAUGUUGCUCAUUGUCUGAAACCUGAGCCAAUGCAUGGACGAAUACUAGAAGACAUUGCUAUUCAACAUCAAGGCAAUCUGCAGGAACAAGCACUUCAUAUGCUUGAAAUGUGGAAAGAAAAACAUGGUCGUAAAGCUUGUAUCAAGACGUUGUGUGAAGUUCUUAUCAACGCUGACCAUAGAUCAUCUGCAGAGAAAGUAUUUGGCAGGGAAGCCGUGCAGCAAAUUUUGUCACAUAUGAAAGAAACAAACUCAGAAGGGCUUUCUUGUUCGCUGUAUGAGUUAGCAGGAGAAGUUGGUGAUGAUUGGAAAGCAGUAGCUGGUCAUAUGGGUUUAACGUUUCAGCAGACAGAGAUCAUUGAACUAGAAGCUCACAUUCCAAGAGAACAAGCAUGGAAAAUGUUGUCUUUGUUACAUUCUAAAAUGGGCAGUGAUUUCAAAGUGGACGAGGUACACGGACAUUUGCAACAAAUCAGAAAGGACAGACACACAGAAGAAUUGAAAAGUCAGAUUUUCCCUCAAAAUAUUCAUGAUGAUGUCAGACUGUGUGGAAGGCAGAUAGAGCUUGACACUAUUACUAAAUCAUUUUGGGGAAACAAGGUAGAUGAACAGAAAGGCAAAGACAUACCCAACUUUUGCCUGCAGGUUAUAACUGGAUUGGGUGGGUGCGGUAAAUCUCAUGUAUCAGAGAAGUAUGCUGUGCUGUACAAGGGUAUGUAUGCAGAUGGAGUUUUUUAUUUUAAUGGAGAAUCAUUAGCUUCUCUUCAUCUCUCGAUAAGAGAAAAUUUGCGUCGGUUGUCAAUGCAGUCAAGUGGAGGUGGUGUUUUUGAUGACAACAACGUUUUUCUAGAAGCUGUUUAUAAGAAAGGCAUGGUAUUGCUGCUUUAUGAUGGAGCAGAUAGAUUGAAUGUGUUGGAAAAGAUUCUUCCUUGUAAUACAGCUCAUGUGCACGUGUUGGUGACUACCCGUAUGACUACAGAUCAUAGUAUACUAGCAAGAGCUGACAAUGUCAUAUCUCUUGGUCGACUGGAAAGUGCAGCGGCAGUGGAAGCUCUUCAAGUGUGGCGUGGACAUGCUGAUGAAGCUUUGCUUGGUGAAGAGGCAAUUUAUGGCAAGCGUGUAGUGACUGAAGAUCCCAUUGAUUGUUUACCAUUGGGUAUUGCUCAUGCAGGAACAUUCAUGAGGAAGAGAAAUGUUGGCUGUCAGCAGUAUUAUCAACUGAUCAGAAUGCAACAAGCACAUUUAGAAGCUCUUGCUCUUGAUAUGAACAAACUUCUUCAUUAUUUUCAAAUCAGUCAUCUUCAAGAAUUAUUACAACAGUAUGAUGUGUUUGAACCAAGAGAAAUGUCAAAACUGACUGAUGAGAAUAUUCAGUCAAUAGUAACUAAACAGCAUGAGAGAUAUCUUCUUAGCAUGGCCAGAUAUUUUGUGACAAACAGCGAACAUGUGCACUUGACAUGGCAACUUGAUAUUGAAACAGUGAAGGAAACAGAUGUCAAUGCUAUGCUGCUGUUGUCUUAUGCAUCACUGAUAUCAUGUAGGGAUAUUCCUGAAUUUUUAUUGCAACCUCUUGUAUUUGGUUCUCUUCCUCGUUAUCACUACAGUCGGUCUCUCAAUACAUUGAUGUCUCACUCACUAGUUGAUAUGUCUGAUGGAAAUGAGGGAUAUAGUUUUACUCUGCAUCCACUCGUUCACUCAACAGUUUUGGAACGUUUUCUGUGUCAACCAGAUCGCGAGCUGCUUCGUGACAGACUAGCCAACCUAUGUCAUUAUCUUCUUCGUUUAUUACCAUGCGUUUUGUCCAAUGUCAGGUCUUUUCUAAAAGAUGAUCGUUUUAUUUCUCUUAUCCCACAUGUAUAUGCAGCUGCAGAAAAGGCUGUCUGGUUUUCUGAUGAAGAGAGAUGUGUGGAAGUUGUGGUCUUAGCAAGUCAGUUUUCAUUGAUUUUUGAGCAUGUGGAUGUAGCUGCUCGUCUUUGCAACGAACAUCUGAAGGCAUCUGAAAUGUCAUCAAACAAUAGACAGCAUGUCAGAGCAUUGCUUAACAUGGGAGAAGCCUAUCUAUUGAUGUCACAGCCACAGGCAGCUCAGGAUACAUUGAUGAGAGCUGCACAGGUAGUAGAAGGUUGCCAGGAACACGACAGAAGAGGAAUGAUGUAUGAAUAUUCAGCUGGUGAGUGA